AUGGAGAUGAUAAGACUGAAACCAGCUGCUGUACUCCUGCUGUUUCUGCUGCACAGCGGCCUGGCAGAGGAAGUUUUCCUCCACAGCCAGCUGGCCAAUCAGCUGCUGGUCAGGAACCCUCGAGCCAAUCAGAUCUUUGAAGAGCUAAAACCAGGAAACCUGGAGAGAGAAUGUAUUGAAGAAAUCUGUGACCAUGAAGAAGUCCGAGAGGUGUUCGAGCAGCCGGACAAGACGGAGACCUUCUGGACGAAGUAUCAAGACUGUAAAGGAAUUCAGAUGACAAGAACAGGAGAGAACAUCAACAUUGUGAGACAAUGUUUAGAAGGUCAGUGUAUCUCUGGUUCAGGAGUGAACUAUGAAGGAAACAUCAACAUCACACAAUCAGGAAGACAAUGUCAAGCCUGGAGUAGCAGCUACCCACAUCCCAUAAUCAGGGAGUUCAAUGCUUCAAAACCAAACAGCGUCCUGCAGGAGAACUUCUGUCGGAACCCGGACAAACGUCCAGAGGGACCCUGGUGUUUCACCAAAGAUCCGACAGUCCAGAAAGAGAACUGCAAAGUGCCCACAUGUGGUCAGGACUUUGUCCCUUCCACCGUGGCACCGGAACAAAUACAAUCUGGCGAGUGUUUACCCAAUUACGGCCUGGACUAUGUGGGCGACCUGGACGUCACUCUGGGAGGACACACCUGUAUACAGUGGUCCUCGCCAGAGGCCAUGUCCCUCAGCGUGGACAAGGACUUCAUCCCUGAGGUCAGUCUGCCGGGAAACAAGUGCCGCAACCCCGACAACGACCCGGAGGGCCCCUGGUGCUACGUGGAGGUUGCUGGAAACGUGACCCUUGACUACUGCGACCUGGAGCUGUGUGAGGACUCGUUGGUUCAGGAGUUUCUGACGACGGGGACAGAAGGACGCUCCGUCCUCAAACCUGCCAGGAGAACAUUCUUCAGUCCUCGAACCUUCGGACAAGGAGAGAUUGUGUGUGGAGAACGGCCCUUGUUUGAAAAGCAGAACAAAAAGGACGCGAAUGAAGACGAGCUGUUGGAGUCGUACAGAGAAAGUCGCAUCGUUGGGGGAAAAGACGCUGAAGUGGCCUCAGCACCGUGGCAGGUGAUGCUGUACAAGAGAAGCCCCCAGGAGCUGCUGUGUGGAGCCAGUCUGAUCAGCGACCAGUGGAUCCUGACCGCCGCUCACUGCAUCCUCUACCCACCCUGGAACAAGAACUUCACCGCCGACGAUAUCCUGGUCCGCCUGGGGAAGCACGACAGGGCCAAGUUCGAGCGUGGCACCGAGAAGAUCGUGGCCAUCAGCGAAAUCAUCGUCCACCCGAAGUACAACUGGAAGGAAAACCUGAACCGGGACAUCGCGCUCCUGCACCUGAGACGGCCGGUGGUGUUCAGCGAUGAGAUCCACCCGAUCUGCCUCCCCACCAAGAAGGUGGCCUUGACUCUGAUGACCGAAGGCUAUAAAGGUCGAGUGACCGGUUGGGGGAACCUGAAGGAAACCUGGAACCCCUCAGCAAGAAACCUACCCAAAGUGCUCCAGCAAGUCCACCUACCGAUCGUAGACCAGGACACCUGCCGCAUCUCCACAUCGGUCAAGGUCACCAACAACAUGUUCUGUGCUGGUUAUAAACCAGAGGAUGCCAAAAGUGGAGACGCCUGUGAGGGAGACAGCGGUGGACCGUUUGUGAUGAAGUACCCGGCUGAGGACCGCUGGUACCAGAUGGGCAUCGUGUCGUGGGGUGAAGGCUGCAACCGAGACGGAAAGUACGGCUUCUACACCCACCUGUUCAGGAUGAACCGCUGGAUGAAGAAGAUGAUCGACAAGACGGGGAAAGACGACAACUAG